UUUUGCUAAUGAAAAAAUGGUGGCACAGAAAAGACCAUCAUUGGCCAAACACACAGGGAGGAAGGUUCUAAUGCCUCACUGAUGUCACAUAGCCUUUCUCCUUGCAGUCUUCUUAGUUGCUCCACUUUAACCAUCAUUUUCCAGGCUUUUGAAUUUUUCCUGCUUUAUCUGCCUCUGGACUCAGGCUUCCAGCCUCAUGAGAGGGACAAACCAGUCCAGUGUUUCUGAGUUCCUCCUCCUUGGGCUCUCCAGGCAACCCCAGCAGCAGCAGCUCCUCUUUGUACUCUUCCUGAGCAUGUACCUGGCCACGGUCCUGGGAAACCUGCUCAUCCUCCUGGUCAUUGGCAUGGACUCCCGCCUUCACAUCCCCAUGUACUUCUUCCUCAGCAACCUGUCCUUUGUGGACAUCUGCUUCUCCUCUACCACUGUCCCCAAGAUGCUGGCCAACUACAUACUCGGGACUCAGACCAUCUCCUUUUCUGGGUGUCUCACACAGAUGUAUUUUGUAUUCAUGUUCGUGGACAUGGACAAUUUCCUCCUGGCUGUGAUGGCCUAUGACCGCUUUGUUGCCAUAUGCGCCCCCUUACACUACUCAACAAAGAUGACCCACCAGCUCUGUGCCCUGCUGGUUGUGGCAUGGGUCAUUGCCAACCUGAAUGUUCUAUUGCAUACCCUGCUGAUGGCUCGACUCUCGUUCUGUGCAGACAAUGCCAUCCCCCACUUCUUCUGUGAUGUGACACCCCUCCUGAAACUCUCCUGCUCCGACACACACCUCAGUGAGGUGAUGAUUCUGACUGAGGGUUCUCUGAUCAUGAUCACUCCAUUUAUUUGCAUCUUGGCUUCAUAUGUCCGUAUUACCUCUGCUGUCCUGCGAGUCCCAUCCACAAAGGGAAAAUGGAAAGCCUUCUCCACCUGUGGAUCCCACCUGGCCAUGGUUUCUCUCUUCUAUGGCACCAUCAUUGCUGUGUAUUUCAACCCUUUGUCCUCACACUCUUCUGAGAAGGACACCACAGCUACUGUGAUGUACACAGUGGUGACCCCCAUGCUGAACCCCUUCAUCUACAGCCUGAGGAACAGGGACUUGAAAAAGGCCCUACAAAAAAUGAUGGGCAAGAAGACAUGCUCUUAGUGAUAAAAGUA